AUCUCUUCCCUGUCAGCUCCAGCACACUGCUUUAUAUGGCUCUGCAUAGCAGAGCCAUACAAAGCAGUGUGCUUACAAUGUAAAGCACACCCACAGCACACAGUUUACUCUUUGAUCGCCCAGAUGUUAACCCCUUCCUGCCCAGUGUCAUUAGUACAGUGGCAGUGCUAUUUAUUAGAACUGAUCACUGUAUUGGUGUCACUGGGGAUGUCAGUGACAGUUAGUCAGUUCCCCCCAGUGUCAGAAUGCCCGCCGCAGUCUCGCAGUUUCAGUCGCUGAUUGCCACCAUUACUAGUAUAAAAAAUUUUAUUUUGAAUUCCAGUGUAUAUAUACCGCCAUUUGUAAACGCUAUAACUUUCACAUAAACCAAUUAAUUUA